GAUCUGCUGCACUCAGAGCAUUUGGGCUGCGUCUGCUCUGCCCUCCUCCAUCCUGAGCAGCCUUCCUGGGAAGAUGCUACCAGUCCAGAUUCUCCUGACCUUUCUUCUGCCACUAGGAGCUGGAGCAGAGGAAAUCAUCGGGGGCCAUGAUGUCAAGCCCCACUCCCGCCCCUACAUGGCCUUUAUUGCAUCCACGGAUACCAACAGGAGUAAAAAUUUUUGUGGAGGCUUCCUGAUUCAAUAUAAGUUCGUGCUAACAGCUGCUCACUGCAGAGAAAUUUCAAUGACAGUCAUACUGGGGGCCCACAAUAUCAGUGCACAGGAGAGGACCCAGCAGAUCAUCCCUGUGGAAAAAGCUAUUCCCCACCCAGCCUAUAAUCCCAUGGACCACACCAAUGACAUCAUGCUAUUAAAGCUGAAGAGAAAGGCCAAGAAGACUAAAUCUGUGAGGAUCCUCAAUCUGCCCAUGCGCCAUGCCCGUCUGAAGCCUGGGGUUCUGUGUCACGUGGCUGGCUGGGGACUAAUGUCUCUCGAUGCCACUAAAAGACCUGCCCUCUUACAAGAGGCUGAACUGAUCAUCCAGGAGGAUCAUGAAUGCAAAAAAGUUUUCCGUCACUAUUCUGAGACCACAGAGAUUUGUGCUGGAGACCCGAAGAAAAUACAGGAUAUUUUCCAGGGUGACUCUGGGGGACCCCUGGUGUGUGACAACAAAGCUUACGGAGUUGUAUCCUAUGGAAAAAGGAGGAGGAUCACUUCAGGAAUCUUUACCAAGGUUGUGUACUUCCUGCCGUGGAUAAGCAGAAAAAUGAAACUCCUCUAACAGGUGUUAAACCAUCUGUACCCAACCAGCCUGUCUGACCUCAGGCAAGAACCACGUGGAGUGGCAUCAAAGGCUGAAAAUUCAUAAUAAACAACCUCCAGUGUGCAUAUAACUGAAGUUCUUUGCUGUUUGAGCCACUUCAUUGUUUGUGUAUAUCACUGGUCCAGGAGGACCUCCCCUGUCACUUCUGGGCUUUGCUUUUCCCUCCUUCCCCAACCCAUCCUCUUACUGGAACUUCAGGCUACACAGUUCCCACCUAUUUAUCACCCAUACAUGGUGGGAGGUAGGGUGUUGGUUCUUUGGCAUUUGGCAGAGAGUUGAACAGGCUUUGAUGAAGAGUGAUUUGUCCCUGAGAAUUCAGAGGGCUGUGGGUCCUGCCACCCAUUCAACAUCCUGGACUUCCCUGUCUCUCUUAGGACAGGGGACCCUCACCACUUGAAUUAUCUGCUGUAGCAAUGAGC